GCUGCCCUCCCCGCAGCGGGUGGAGUUCCUCUGCGGCCUCCUGGACCUGUGCAUCCCGCUCGAGCUGCGCUUCCUGGGCUCGUGCCUCGAGGACCUGGCCCGCAAAGACUACCACUCGCUGCGGGACUCGGAGAUCAAGGCCAACAACCCAGCCGACCUGGGCAGCCUGACGAACUUGACGGACGAGGUGGUGCGCAGCAAGCUGCUGGUGUCGCUGGCGCUGCUGGGCUCGGAGCAGCGCGAGGCGGCCGGGGUGCUGUACCGCACGCUCACGCACAUCGACUCCAUCAUCCACAACUACGGGCUGCAGCUCAACGAGGGCCGCACGGGCGAUGAGUUCCUGCUGCUCUUCACCAUGGCCUCCAACCACCCGGCCUUCAGCUUCCACCAGAAGCAGGUGCUGCGCCAGGAGCUCACGCAGAUCCAGAGCAGCCUGAGCGGCGGCCCGGGCGGCAACAGCGGCAAGAGCUCCCCGGGCCACGGCAGCCCGCUGCCCACCUGUCCAGCUUGUCACAAGGUCACCCCAAGAGCAGAGACCCCUAUAAAUAGUGUUGGUAACAGUUUGGAAAAUGCACUACAUACAUCAGCACAUUCCAUUGAGGAGUCUUUACCCAAGAGGCCUUCAGGAAAGCACUCUAAAGUGAGUGUUGAAAAGAUAGAACUGAAGGGAUUAUCGCAUAAGAAAAAUGAACGUAAUGUUGAAUGUUCCUUUGAGGUCUUGUGGUCUGAUUCUUCAAUAACAUCACUAACCAAAUCUUCCAUUGAAGUGACUGAAUUUAUUUCCAAGUUAUCUCAGCUAUACCCUGAAGAAAACUUGGAGAAAUUCAUUCCUUGCCUAUCUGGUCCAGAUUCAUUUUACCUGGAGAGAAACCACAUGGACCUGGAAUCGGACCUUAGGUAUUUGGCCUCAUUACCUUCUCACAUAUUGAAAAAUGACCAUGUUAAGAAAUUUUUCAGCACUUCAACUCCUACUCAACAGCUUCAAAGUCCAAGUCCUGGCACCCCUUCCCUUUCCAAAGUAGGUACUAUGAUGGGAGCAUCUGGAAGACCUGUGUGUGGAGUAGCUGGCAUUCAGUCUUCUCAGAACAGUACUCAGCAUCACAUACAGCACUCUGCCAGUGCAGCUGUCGCACUGCCCCACUGCUCUCAUUCAGGGAGUACUGGCUCAUCAUUGACCUACCGCACCCAGAUGGACACCUCUUCCCCCAUAUUAAUGUCUUCCAGUCUUCAAACCCCUCAGACCCAGGAACAAAAUGGGAUUUUAGACUGGCUCAGGAAAUUGCGUUUGCACAAAUACUAUCCUGUUUUCAAACAACUCACAAUGGAGAAGUUUUUGAGCCUGACUGAGGAAGAUCUGAAUAAAUUUGAAUCUCUGACAAUGGGCGCAAAGAAGAAGCUUAAGACUCAGCUGGAGCUAGAAAAGGAAAAGUCAGAAAAACGGUGCCUGAAUCCCUCAACACCAUCUUCAGUUACCAAUAGUGGUGUAGCCAGAGUUCCUCCUACUAGCCAUGUAGGUCCCAUACAAACCAUCCGUGGAAACCAUGCUGCAGAGCUGCGUGUGGAUGUGGAACAGCCAGCUCAUCAGAUGCCCCGAGAAGGUAGCUCUUCAGAGUAUUCUAGUUCCUCUUCUAGCCCAAUGGGGAUCCAGGCUCGGGAAGAAAGCUCUGACAGUGCUGAGGAAAAUGAGAGACGUUUAGAAAUUCACUUGGAGGGUUCAGAUAAGGAGAAGCCAGUAAUGUUACUGAAUCAUUUCACUUCAAGUUCAGCCAGACCCACAGCUCAGGUUCUACCAGUGCAGAAUGAUGCAGGCUCAAACCCAUCCAGCCACCAUCCCCUGCCAGCACAAAUGAUGACAGCAGCUGCCUCUCACAUAGCUCCUAUUCGAAUGCUAAAUUCAGUACACAAAUCAGAACGAGGAAACACAGACAUGAAGCUUCUUUCAUCUUCUAUGCACUCACUCUUGUCUCUCGAAGAAAGGAAUAAAAUUGCAUCUGGACCAAGAGGCAGCAUUAAAGUGGAAAAGGGUUUUGGAAAUACAAUGAUGGAAGUCUUACCUGCAUCCUCUCCUCACCAGCCCAUGCAAGUCCUUUCUGGGAUUCCUGAAAGCAGUUCAGUAUCACCCACAGUUUCCUUUGGUCCUCGGACCAAAGUUGUCCACGCUUCCACUCUGGACAGAGUGAUAAAAACAGCCCAGCAGCCAGCGUUAGUUGUGGAAACGAGUACUGCCGCUACUGUCACGUCUAGCACUGUCUUCCACGUGGCUCGCCCACCAAUAAAACUUCUGGUCUCUUCGUCUGUUCCUGCUGAUUCUGCAAUUUCUGGACAAACAUCCUGCUCAAAUAACGUGCAGAUAAGCGUGCCCCCGGCAAUAAUAAACCCCAGGACUGCCCUGUACACAGCCAACACCAAAGUGGCCUUUUCUGCAAUGAGCAGCAUGCCAGUGGCCCCGAUGCAAGGCAGCUUUUGUGCAAACGGCAACACUGCCUCUUCCAACAGCCACCCAUCGACAUCAUUUGCAAACAUGGCAAAUAUAACCAGCUGCCCUGCCCCCAGUUCUAGCCCCACACUUUCCUCUGUUACAGAAAACAAUUUCUAUAGCAGCAGCAGCAGCAGCAGUAACAGCAGUAGUGGCUCCACAGGAACCAUCCCUGUACCAAAUCAGAACCAUCACCACCACCACCACCAUCAGCAGCAGCAGCAGCAGCAGCAGCCGCCGCCGCCGCCGCCACCCCAGCAGCAGCAGCCUCCAGGGUGCAUCGUGUGUACUUCCUGUGGAUGUAGUGGAAAUUGUGGUUCAAGUGGUAUGACAGUCAGUUAUGCUAACUAUUUCCAGCACCCAUUUUCAGGACCUUCAAUGUUUACUUUCCCCUUUCUGCCCUUCAACCCCCUAUGCAGCAAUGGCUACAUCAACACACAGCAGUACAGCAGCGGCACAACUUUCCCAGUAGUUCAUUCUCCUUAUAACAGUAACUUAACCCCAGACUCUGUCCUGAGUGGUCAGUCCACGUUUGCGGUUCCUCCAAUGCAGAACUUUAUGGCAGGGACAGCAGGGGUGUACCAAGCCCAAGGAAUGAUGGGAAAUAACAGUUCGGGCCACAAGAAAAGUGGAAACCUCUCUUGUUAUAACUGUGGGGCCACCGGUCACCGGGCUCAGGACUGCAAGCAGCCACCAAUGGAUUUCAAUCGUCAAGGCUGAAACAUAAUUCCAGGGCAGCUACGUGUGAUCUGAAUUGAGAGCCGGAGGUUGAAGUUUUCAAAGUGGAGUUUCGCCAGUCGGACUCUGACACCCCUGGGCUAGGUAAAAUGUCUACUUUUUUUUUUCCUAAAGUGGUCAGGCACUAAUCUCUGGGAUUUUUAAGGAUUGCACUACAGAAGAAUGUAAAAUGAUUUAAAAUCUCUGCAGUUCUGGUAGACAAUGUUAACUCGUUUUCUGAGACCAGUGCGAGAGACAGAGACGACCCACACUUAAAGAAUUGGCACCAGCAGGCUACAUGGCCGACUACACAAAUAAAGCAAUCUUAUUUUUUCCUUUCCCUCUGUAAAAUAUGUGUGGCAGUUUCAGUCCUUUUUCUGUUCAUAAAUGUACACUGUCAACACUUAUUAGGUAGAAACCGCUGACCAGCAGCAAAAUGAACUUAAUUUCUAAGGGUCCAACUCCCAGAGACGCCGGGGUCAUGAUGGCUCUGAGAACACCUAUUUUUUUUCCUAACACAUUAAACAUCGUUGAGUCCUGUUCCUAUUAGACGUGGACAACAUCUUUCAGAGACAUAUUAACUACACUACUUUUGUAAAUGAGUUUGAAACCAACCUGAUGCUGAACACUGUUAGCAGACUUGGCAAGCCGUUAUUUUAUGUAAUACUGACUUCUACCCCAAGGCUUACUGCUAAAGGAUUCAGAGGUGUUGAGACAGACAUUUCAACAAUAAUACAAUUUCAUAAUUAAUGAGCAAAAGACUUUAAAGUUUUCCUGUCAACCUCUUUUGUUACUUUUAGACUAGUUAAUUCUGUUCACUACCUAGAACUUGUCAUUUGAAUUGAUAAGACUUGGAAGGAGCCCCCACAAAACGCACCUAAUUUUGUCAAGGUGGAGAAGUACUAUAUUCACCAUGGAUUCCUAAAUUUUUAUCCAUUGGAAUAGUAGCACUUGGUUUGAAAGCCAGGGACUAGAGAACAAAGGUAACUUUCUGCUAAAAUAUGACUUAAAUGUUUAAAAACCUCUACCACCAUUAUGUACUUGAGAAGGCAAAGCAUUGUCAUCCAGGGGUUUUCUAUCAAAUAUUUGUGAAAAUUUCAAAAUGUUCAGCCCAUUCUGAAAUUGGGAUUUCAGCCUCAGGCCAAAAACAUAACACCAUAGAAUUGGUUCCAACGUAGAGGCAUUGUAAUAGGAAAUGGCAGUGAUACUACACUUGUUUCAGAUUUUUGGAGGUCAGUUUCCCAGCUUCAUGGAAACCAAAGCAAAAAGGUUGUGUUAUUUGAAUCUGUGAAAAAAAAUAGUACAUACGAGAUUUUAAUUUCUUAUUUCUAUGCAAUGUAGAAGCUACAGACCUCUGUAUUUUCAGCUCUGUUUAUGCUAAACCGUAUUACAGUAUUGAAUUGUGAUGUUUGCUAAUGAUUUUGAGGAUGUUUCAUUGGAUCUCUUGGGAAACUAUAAAACUUAAACAUGAGAGUGAUGAGAACUGACACUUUGCCUUAAAGAGUUCUAGACAGUAGGAACAACUUGUCAUGUUAUAUAUACUAUCUAUGUUAAAGGAAGACAGAAGAGUUUUCAAUGAUGUUUACGAUUUUAAUAUUUUUGAGGGCCUUGUAUGGUGGCCUGGAUGUGUGCUGGAAGCCAAAUUUUUUAACAUUUUUGGUUUUUUAAAUAAAUUCUUCAAGUUUCAAUUGCAUUUAAGUAAACCCUAUUUUCAACAGUGUCAUUGUUGGAAACUGUCUCAAAUAGCAAAAAAAAAAAAGUUAAUUUAUAUAAGUUGUAUUUUUAAUGGACGGUAUUGAGGAGUUAAAUGUCUGUUACCAUUCUGACUUGUUUGGUCCAUAUUAACCGAUAUAUUUAAGUAUUUUUAUUCAGUUCUUUAAAAAAUUAAAACAAACAAAAAGUAUUUGAUUUGCAAAUAUAAAAUUCAGAAGUUGAGCAGCUCAUAUUGUUCUGACAGUUUUCCAAAUUGGUUCAAUAGCAGCUAUGUUAAAAGAAAAUCUUGUGUUUGAAAAUGGGUUUACAGUACAUUGUGUCCGAUGAAGACAUUUUAAGUUUAGGAAAAUUUCAGGAGUAAAAACAGAAAGAACUCUUAAUGCAGAAAUGGUUAAAAUACCAGUAUUUGAGCUUUCCCAAAGCAGAUUACCGUAUUUUAUGGCUUCAGAGUAUUUGCCAGCAGUAUUACGAUUGAUUUCUAUCAAGAAGCCAAAAACAGAUAAGCCCAUACAGCAUUUUUACAUUUCAUUAGAAGUCUUAUUUACUUAUUUAGGCACAGAUCAUCUUUAACCCUUUCAAGUUCUUAGUAUCUUGCUUUAAAUUGUGGUCUCAAUCUCAGAGUGGCUGAAACAACCAGGUAGGUAGUGGUAAUGCCCACUUCUUUGUGUAUGUCUGUCAUGUAUUAAAGAAGCUUCAAGCACCACUACCCUACUCCACCCCAUCCUGACCCUUUUCUGCUCCAACAGGCAAGGGGGGUUGGGGGGUAGUGGAAUGUACAGGUUGAAGUAGAAUACAGUGUGGGAUAAAACAACUAUUUAAAUACUUUUUUUUAAAGGAAGAACAGUUAACUACCUUAUGUUCUAACUUUAAAUUCACUGUAGUAUAGAAAACUGGAAAGUGUUAAAACCUUCUAGUUAUUGAGGAGUACUAAGUACAUGGGAGCUAGCACUUCUAUAAAAGAAGAAAAAACUUAUAAUUAGAAAUAUUGGGAAUAAAACCAGCAUUGUCUGUAACCUACAAAAGAUUCUAGGAGUCAGAAUGUUAAUAGAAGGCAAUAGGUUCAGUAUUUUUUAUUAAAUAUUUAGAACUCUAGAUCCUUUAUUGCAAGAGGUCAACAUGGUUCAUUUACACUACAAAUUGUAUGUAUUGAGGCACAGUAGUAGUGACUUUACCAAAAUAUCACUCAGCUAUAUCAAGUCAUUAAUCUUUCUGAGCACAGUAUAUAGGCUUCCAAUCUUCAUUUUUUAUAACGUAGUGGAUUACUAUCAAGCACCUGCCAAAAAUUUGGUUGUGAAUAGUUCCCUGCCAUUUUGUUGUCAUUGCUGAUGCAUAAGUGGCUUUUUUUUUUGGCCUUGUUAGUUCUACAUACUGAUAUAACUGGUGCCAUUAAUAUGUUGGAAAGUCUUAAUUACUAGGGGGAAAUACCCCUAACUCAACUUUCACCAAGAAAAAUAAUCCUUGUUGCAUAAGUGAGUUUUGUUGUCCAUAGUUGUUCACUGUGGAUUAGUCCCAAAGAACAAAUCAAAGAGUUUACAUUGAAAGCCAUGGAUUCUGAAGGAAGGCUUAAUUGUUUAAAAACAAAAUCCCAAGGGUCUUAAUGAACACGAGCAUAUUGAACUGUUCAACACUUGCAAUAUUCAUAUAUAUGUAUAUAUGUACACACACGUGUGUGUGUGUGUGUAUAUAUAUGUAUAUAUACUGUGCUGGUUGAGGCCAAAGGUAAACGUUACUACAAUAUUAACUUUGAGGGAGUGGGGGCAAAGGUAAUCAAUCCCCAGAUAUAACCACAUAAAAACGUGUAUUGUUAACAGCCCUCAUCAAAUUUUCUACAUGUUUAUAAGUUCAUACACAAAUAGCAAAAGGUAUUUGGUACUGAAUGUGAAAGCAAACCUUAUGUACUCAAGUACAAGUUCAACUUCAGACUCUCGGACAUAAUUUUAUGUUAGGAAUGAAGGAAAAUUAUCCCAUUUUUGAGCCAUUAUUUUGUCACAAUUCUACAAAAUGCAUGUAACUUUAUAAAUAUUUUUUAAAAAUAUAGUUUUGUAAAUAUUUAAUAUUCAGCUAAUUUGAUUUUGAAUUGUAAAUGUCAAGUAUUCUGUUAUUGGGGUUUUUAUGUUUUAUUAUACUUUGUUAAAAAGGAAAAAUUGUACAUUUUUAGAAUGUUUUUAUGAGUAAAUUUAAUGUACUGAAAAUAAAAAUUAAAAACAG